GCUCCUUCAUUCCGCCUUUCCGGGCCUUACAAUAAUGCCGACCUAAGUCUCAAUCGAUUUAUUUGCUACCCAGGAGUGUUUCAUACAUUUGCGUUACUACCAAGGGCGUAGGCGCUUUGAAAAUCCUCUUACCAUGUCUCAGUGGUUAUGUUCAGCCUGCUCCUCAUAUAUUAACCACCUCUUCUCUCCAUCCAACUAUCUCCCUCAGGACAAUGCACACAACCACCACCUAGCCUACAAUCGAAAAAAUCUAAACUCUAUUGCGACGUGGAUUUCAUCCUCUUCAUCUUGCGAGUUGUGCCAGUUUAUAUUGAUCGGCUUCAAAAAGAAAUACUUCAGCUACCUCGGGUCUCUAGACAGCAGUCAGAUCCUCGAGUUCUUAACUAACAAUUUCGAACCUGGGUCUCUGAAAGUACAUACCUACGGCAAGGAAGACAGAUUCAAGCCCGGGCCUAAUGAUGAGGGUGAAUUGGAUCCUCGACUUGGGAUUUACUGUAUUAGCAUUGAAACUCCUCUAAGUCUGGAUCAUUUUUUGGAGGGCCAGAAUGGCUUUGAAGUGUGCUUUAGCCUAUGGGUCGAUGAUGAGCAUCCAGCGCAUAUCUCAGGGGAUGUAGCUAGAAAGGAACUACUGCAAGAUACUGGUACGCAGGAUUCAUUCGAUCAAAUUCAACUGUGGCUUGAUGAUUGCGUUAAAAACCACACUCAAUGCGAGACGAUGAUUUCUGGGGAACAGCUGGACGAACUCCAAGGACCAGUACUACCAACAAGAAUCCUUGACCUCGGAGGACCUAUACAAUCAAUAAAAUUGGUGGAAGGAGCCCAUAUCAGAAGUCAUUAUGCGGCACUCAGUCAUUGCUGGGGACCACCAGACAAACGCCCCCUAGCAACAACGAAGAAGACAUUGCAGGAUCACUUCGAAGGCAUUCCGUUCUCCAACCUUCCUCAAACUUUCAAGGAUGCAAUCAUAACAGCUCGCCAGGUAGGACUGCAGUACUUGUGGAUUGAUUCGCUCUGUAUCAUCCAAGAUGACGAGGACGACUGGCUUCGAGAAGCAGAAAGUAUGGGUUUAAUAUAUGCAAAAGCCCGUGUUACUAUCGCCGCUGCUGAUGCUACUGAUUCUUCCAAGGGGUGUUUUGCAAAGGAUAGGAUAGCUCCGAACGUGAGGAUUCAGCUUCCCUACAUCUCGCCUUCGAGCGAUAACAAGAACUCCGUCUUCACACUAUCUUUAGGUGUAUUGAGUCCGAACAACCGAACAAUGACGAUGCUGCCUCUGAGACAAAGAGCUUGGGUUGUCCAAGAGCGGAUUCUAGCUCGGAGAACCAUUACCUAUGGAAACGGGGACAUCUUCUGGAAUUGCAGAGAGCUCGAAAACCUUAUCGUUGGUCGUCAAGGACCCCCUUUUUUGGCUGGCCCAGAUGGCGAUCAUUGGAUCUCCGUCUUAAUCAGCUACUGCAAUUGCAGACUGACGCGCUACACCGACACCUUGAUAGCACUUCAAGGCCUAGCAAACGAAAUGAAGAAAGCCCUCGAUGCGAACUACCAUUUUGGAGUGUGGACUGAUAUGUUACCGGGCCUAUUACUGUGGGCGAGAACUGACUCAAUGCGGCGGAAUGCUGAUAUGGAAGGUAGAGUGCCUUCUUGGAGUUGGGCGGCCAUGAUUGGGCCAAGAGACUUUUGGUACAGGCCUUCGACAAAGGACGUACGUUACUUGACAGAGGGAAUUGAAAUCAAAGGACAAAGACUAAAUAUUUCUGGGCCCCUCAAGAAAGGAUACUCCUGUCAAAAGAAGCAUGCAAUCUCAACCAGUGAACACCAAGGGAAGCCGGCAAUAGCAUGGUAUUGCAGUGAUCUUUUUCAUCUUGAGAUGUCCGUUGAAGACUGCGACGAAGCACAUUGUGGAUAUGCCGCGUUUGAUCUGGGAUACAGUCGAGAAUUUUACUGUUUAUUUGUGGCAAAAGGAUGCCCUUUUGGGGUGGCUAGUGAGGGCUUUUCGUAUACAGUGCUUCUCCUAGAGCCAAUCGAGCUUGAUGCUCUCGUUUUUCGGAGGAUUGGACUCGGAGCGGUGGUAAAACAAGAACACAUUGGUACUGCUAAGCACUCAUCACUUACUAUUAUGUAAAGGGAGGAAGGCGACGACCAGUUUAACAUUUCUUUUUUGUUAGAUUCACUAGAUAUAAAUGCAAACUAUACUUGGUAGUUUCCUGC